AUGCCUCUUCUCGACAUUUAUCCUUCCUCUACUAUUUACAAUUUCGAUGAAACCAGAUUCAACUGGGAUGUCUGUAGCAAGUAUACCUAUGAUUUCAAAGGUGCUCAAAGAGUUGUGGGUAUCCAAUCAGCUAAAGCCAAACACUCAAUCACUGUGAUGCUUUUGAUCAGAGCAGAUGGUAAAAAGUUUCCUGCGUUGUUGAUCUUUCAAGAGAAAACUGGCAAGAUUCCAUUUCGUUUAUAUGAGCACUUAACUAUCCCUAACAACAUCGUUGUCAAGGCUAACAGGACUGGCUAUAUCACUGAUGACAUGAUCAGCGACUAUCUAAGAACAGUGCUGACAAAGGAAAGGCAGCUCAUCAUAAUGGACCAAGCAACUAGUCAUAAAACUGAUAGAAUUGUUCAAGCGCUAUCUGACUUGCAAGCUCAAAGCAUCAUUAUCCCAGGAGGAUGCACAAAGCAUGUCCAGCCACUUGAUGUCAUAGUCAUAGCCAACUUCAAGAGAAAGACAACUCAGUUUAGGGUUGAGUACGAAACCGAGGAAGUUGAAAGAAGAUCACAAAGAAGCGGAAACAUCAAGGCUCUUGAUAGACAGCAAAUGAUAAACUUGGCCUCAAAGGCUUGGGAGGAAGUGCAUCCAGAUAUUAUCAUAACUGGCUUUCAAUUGACAGGAUCUUAUGGAGUUGAUCACCCCAAGUUUCUUCGCCACCGAUCCAUGCUUAAAAGAGUUAAUUAUUUAAAAAACUCUUAA